AAUCAACCAUUUGAGAAAACCGGCCCCGCAUCCACAAUUUGACACGUGCACCCUACCGACUGUCAGAGAAAAGUCCAGGCUGCCCGUCUAGUCAAACAACAACACUACAGUUUCCACUGUAAAUCCUUGCCUUGGGACAAAACCAUCGUCUGCAGAAACUUUUAAGAUUAUGAACUACAGAAUCUAUCCAUUGCUAGUUUUAGAUUCUCUCUCCAUGCCCGUAAUUACGCAGAAGUUGCCACAGCUUAUCUUCUCACCCUUUUGGGUAAUUUCACUGUUUCUUCAACCUAAAGUUUAGAACUUUGAACUAUUUAUAACACCUCUGACGAUGCCAAACCUACGUAACCGAAAGACCCCAUUUUUUCCUUUCUUCAAGCUGGUAAAUUUGGAGUAUAAAUUGGAAAAAGAAAGGUUGGAGAUUAAUGGAGAGCAGUUUUGAGCCCAAGAUGUCAAACUCUUCAUCUAUAAUGGAGAACGGAUAUGGGGAAUUCGGAUGUUCGCAUUAUCGAAGAAGGUGCAAGAUCAGGGCACCUUGUUGCGAUGAGAUAUUCGACUGCAGGCAUUGCCAUAAUGAAUCCAAGAACUCAAUCGAAGUUAAUCCUUUAGAUCGUCAUGAGGUUCCUCGCCAUGAUAUUAAAAGGGUUAUUUGUUCCUUGUGUGACAGAGAACAAGAUGUUCAACAGCAUUGCAUUUAUUGUGGGGUUUGCAUGGGGAACUAUUUUUGUUCGAAAUGCAACUUUUUCGAUGAUGAUGUCUCGAAAAAUCAGUACCAUUGUGACGAAUGUGGUAUCUGCAGAAUUGGAGGAGAGGAGAAUUUUUUCCAUUGUAAUAAGUGUGGAUGUUGCUAUUCUACAGUGUUGAAGAACUCCCACAAUUGUGUUGAAAAAGCUAUGCACCAUAAUUGCGCUGUUUGCUUUGAAUUUCUCUUUGAUACAACGAAAGACAUAACUGUCUUACCAUGUGGCCACACUAUACAUUUGGAAUGUGUAAAACAGAUGGAGUCUCAUUUCCGGUAUUCGUGUCCUGUUUGCUCAAAAUCUUACUGUGAUAUGUCCCGGGUGUGGGAAAGACUUGAUCGUGAGGUUGCUUCGACAGUGAUGCCUCAAAUUUAUCAGAAUAAGAUGGUUUGGAUUCUCUGUAAUGACUGUGGCGAAAAUUCUGAGGUUAAUUUUCAUAUCGUCGCACACAAGUGCCUAAAAUGCAACUCAUACAACACAAGGCAGACACGGGGAGGUGCUGCUUCAUGCUCGUCAGAGAUUGCCGAAAUAGUUAGAUGAUGGGUUCAACUAUGUUUAUUUAAUGGUUUUCAGUUUCGACUUAGGUCCAUUGUUAACUGUUGUAGAAUGGGGAAAUCUACUUGGUCAGCAGAGGGUAGCCGGGAUAAUAUAUUCCCUUAUACUUUGCUUACUCUUGUCUCUGUAUUCUACUCUGCUGGUUCUGGAGCUGCUGAUUGUAUAAGUAGAAUAAGCGAAACUUGGAAGAAUGCAUAUGCUAGUGUACUCGGAUCCUUGUUGACAUUGAAUAAAUUCCAAAAUUUUUAAGAAAUCAA